UUCAGGCUAGAAGGAGUUCGGUGUUGCAGUUCUCUGUUUUUCCUCCCUUUCAUUGUAUGUUUUGUGCGGCAUUGUGCUGUCAGGUUCAUUGUGUGCACCUUGUCUGAAUGUCGGAUAGUGCUGCAGAAGUGUGAGUGAGAGCAGGGGUGAAGGGAUACGCUGCCAGACAGUUCAGGAAGGUUCUUGCUUCCUCUUUAUUUGAGCUGGAAUUCUGAGUCCUGCUGCCCCUCCCUUCAGAUGUAACUAUGUUUUUGUUGAGUAUAAUGUUGAUGUGCCUGUGCCAGGUCUGCUCUGCCACGUUGCAGAGGUUUGCUAGGUCUGUCUGAGUUCUCUGUAAGAGUCAAGUCACUGGGGUUUGUAAGUGAUGUGGUGUAGGUGAGAAUAGCCACUCUGUGUCUUGGACUGCCAACGCUUCCCUAAGUGGUGAGCUCAGCUCCCAUUGAUGCUUUCUUCAGGUGUUUUUUUUUUGUUAUGGGAGCACUGACCUUUGUUUCUCACACAUGCCUAAAAGAAAUGCCAUAGACUAUGCUCCAGAUGCCAAUGUAUCUCUGAGGAGGGAAGCUGCAGGACUUUUUCUGACCUUCCCACACUGUUGUGAGACUUCUGCACUCAUAGUCCUGCUCCUUUCCACAGCUGAGCACGAGUCUGAGAUGUGAACUUUGGAUUGUUUUGAACAAAAUGGAACUGCUUCCAUUUUGCAUGAGAAGCCCAGUUAUUCUGAGUGCGUAUCUCAUAGGUUUAUGUAUGGUGGGUGGAUAACAAUAAUGUAAUAGCCAUAACAUGAAUCGGGAGCUGUUUUUUAAGCUGCAGCAUUGCUGAGGUGAUCUUCUGACAUUGUAGAAAAUGCUUUCCAGACUUUUAGCCUGCAUGCUUUUCUCUAGACAUGUAUGAAAUGUGUUUUCUUGGCUUUGGGAUAGAAUCUACAGCUUGUAUACAACAUUAUCCUAAUUCUCUAACUGGCCUCACUACUGAUAUUCCAUACAGGUGCUGACUAACUAUGUGUAUGUAAGAAACUUCACUAAUUUUCUUCUAGGCAAAGUUUGGAGUAUUGUAUAAAACAGUCUUAAGCACAGUUAGUCCUAAUUUAGAUAGAGCUGCCAGAGUGGCAACACAAAAAAGUGAAAGGUGGAGGAGAGGUUUGCGGCAGAGGCUUCACAACCACAGAAAUCUUGCACACUCCUCGAGCUCCUGACUGGAACCAGUCAGGCUUUGUGUUCAUUUUGCUGCUACUGGAAGCCCGUGUUGGAGCUUUACUCUGCACCUUGCUAGAAAUCUCUUUCUAAUUUUCAUGCUAAGCUUUGUGGCCAGAUAUAUCACUUUUUUACCUUGUUCCUUGAAAUUCAUUGGCUCUUCAUCUUACCCUUUAAUUAUUUUGGAGCACUUACAGCCCUGUCUCUUUUCUUCCCAGCCAAGUUAGUCAAACCAGUCUUACUUCAGGCUCUUCAUGUUCCUCAGUUAUGUAGAGGUUUUAUGUUACUGCCAUAAUCUGAUCUCAUUUUUGGACUCAGAUGACAAGAAUUGUAUCCACUACUCUGAUUAAGUGCCUUCUGUAACGGCUUUUUUCUCUUUCUGUCAGAAAGGCUGCCUAAUAAAUCGUUUGCCACUGUCUGCUGUUUCUGAUGCCUAUCUUACACAGGUCACUAAUUGCCACCUAUUUGUAAUUUUUCUAUUCUUUAUUCUUUCCUAAGACUUUUUUUUUCUGAAGUAUUAUUGAUAAAAUAACAGUAAGCUUAAAUAAAAUAGAAUAGAUAAAACAAUGAGCUUACAGUUUUUUGGAUUACUUUGUUCCCUUACUUAAAUAUUCUGAGGUCCUGGGGCGUGUCCAGAGAAGGGGAUGAAGCUGGUGAAGGGGCUGGAGAAGAAGUCUUAGAAUGAGCAGCUGAGGGAACUGGGGUUGUUUAGCCUGGAGAAGAGGAGGCUGAGAGGAGACCUUAUCACUGUCUACAACUAACUGAAAGGAGGUUGCAGACAGAUGGGUGUUGGUCUCUUCUUCCAAGUGAUAGGACAAGAGGGAAUGGCCUCAAGCUGCAUCAGGGUAAGUUUAGAUUGGACAUUAGGAAAAAUUUCUUCACGGAAAGGGUUGUCAAGCACUGGCAGAGGCUGCCCAGGGAAGUGGUUGAGUCACCAUCCCUGGAGAUGUUUAAAAUGUGGGUAGAUGAGGUGCUUGGGGACAUGAUUUAGUAAUAGACAGGUAUGGUUGGAGUAGAUGCUCUCAAAGGUCUUUUCCAAUCUAAUGAUUUUAUGAUUCUGUGCUACUAUAUUUGCUUCUCUAGUCAUGAAGUCAUUUUUGACAAUUUGAGAGGCAUAUUACAAUUCCGAUCUAUGGGACUUUUAACCUUUCCUUGACAGAAAGAGGCGUUUUCUAGAAUGCAAACCAACAGGGUGGGCCUCAAGAAAAUCUCAUAAAACCAGGAAAAAAAAGUUGUGUUUUUUUUUUUUUUAAUAUGAAUGGAACUUAAUGCAUGAAAGAAUGAAUUCUACAAAGAACGCCUACUGCAAUGUAGCAAUAAUAAUUAAAAAAAAGGCUUAAAGUACAGAUAUUAUCCAUGUAUUAGCCGUUGGAAUGGAUGAAAAUUUCUUCCUUACGUUCUCUGUGCCUCUGAUGUUUUCUGAGAACAGCUGGUUUUGGAAUGUAAAACAGCACACAUGACUCCUGUGUGCCAGUCUCUGUGAAUGACUUCAGUCCCAAUUACUGUAGUCUUUUAGGGAAUGGUAAAUGCUCCAUCAUUAUUCAUGUGUCUACAACUCGGUUCAACAGUACUGUAAAGUUUAGAAAAAGAUCCCAUGGGUCAAUGAGAGUAUCAGUCAGAAAUGCCUUGCCUUAAUGGAUUGGCAAGUAAACUUCUUUGAGGCAGUACAGAAAGAAAAGCAACAUAGCAUAGUAUUUGCAACAUGUCAUUUGGUGAAGUGAACUGCAGACUAGAAAAGGGUAAAGUUGUUGGGUAAAUGGCUGGGAUUUGAGCAGUUGUUCAACCAGAUAGCAAAUCUGCAUCUUUAAAUAAGCAAAACAAUGCUUAAAGGUAAGAAUAGUAGGGAAAACAGAGGUGUAGACAGAAUCCACUUUAUCUUCCCUUUCCUGGACAUAAAGAUACAGUACGAGAAGCUGACACGACAGAGGGCGAGGUUCUAGAGCAAACUGGUCAAUUACAUGGCACCAGUGUGCAGGUCACUUACACCAAGAGAGAUUUAAAAGGGACUUCUCAAAAACAUUAAAAAAGGCCUGGAGGAGUGUAAAGAGCAAAUGGCACAUUUGUAGGCUUUUUAAAAGAAUGUAGACAGAUGAUGCAAAUUUAUAAUGUUGCAUGUAUUCUUUGUAGAUUUUUGUCUGAUAUAAUAAAAACAAAGCAAGAAGUGGUGCAAGGUCUGGUAAGCAUGUAUAUCCUUUCUCUAGAAAGGACAAUUACUUCUCAUGCAGUUCAGAAGACUAAGUGGCAGUGGUGCCUGAGCUAAACUGGUGGUGUAGAUCAAAGUUGGUCUGAAGUGAAAAUGUAGAUAAGAUUAAUCGUGUCAAUGGGAGGGGAAAAAAGAAAAAGCUAACUGCAGAGUUCAGGGCCAGAUCUUAUUCAUGUAGUGUGUUUAGGAUGCGAUAAAAGGAUGAUGGGAAGGGAAAAUUGCAGAUAAUAUUUAAAUAAAAUGCCGAUCUUUGAAAAUGGUGAAUAAAACUUCAGUAUUUAACACAGAGGAAAGAAAUUUAUUUUAUUUUCCACUGGAGAACUUCAAAUGCUACCCACCUGCCAGACCUCUCACUAUUUUUUUCUACCUGUAUUAGGCCUUUAGAAACGUAUAGUGCAUUCUCAGCCUCUCCUUAGUGUGAGUUCCUGCUGCUGGAGAGGGGAGAAAUUGUAGCUUAGGUCAAGGGUGCAUAGAAAUACUGAACAAAGGCUUUAACAACAAGCAGUUCUCAAAAACCAAGCAGGAUCUGAGCUGUGGACAUACACAUUUUACAUUAGAAGUUUAACUUGAAGCCCUAGAAAAGAAACAUUGUGGAAGUUUUAGGUUUUAGUGGAGUUUGGCGUUUUGUUUUGUUUGGGUUUUUCAGGUUGUUUUUGCAUUUUUUUUCCCCAUCUCAGCUUUCACACGGAAAGUGUAUCAGAAGUGGUACCUUUUGUUCAGCAGUGCUCAUACAAAUGGAAAGCACACCUAGAGAGGUGUGGGCUUGCUGCUCAGUACAGUGACUAACUCCUGCGAGAUCAGAAGCUGUUUUUUUUUAAUGGCUGCAAAUGGACGGGAUUUAUUUCUUGGAUUAGAGAUAUAUCAUCCAAAUGAAACAGAAUGUUCCACUGUGGAAGGGCUGUGACUUCUCCAUUCAGAGCUGCUGUGUGGCAGCUGCAGGAGUAUUUCUUACCACCAUCUUCUGGAAGUCAUCUAGAACUACAACCUCUGCCACAAGUGCUUGGCUGUGUCUUAGGAUGUGCAAAUAUUAAGUCAGAAUAGGAAGAAUGGAUGUCUUAGUGAAACACGUGCUGAUGAAUAUUAUCUUCUCUCUUCAGCCCAUUUGUCAGGCAGCUUAUAAGAAUGAUUUCAAUGAAGUUCAGUGUCUUUUGGAACACAACAGUGACCACCUGAACGUCCAGGACAGCAUCAGUGGAGACACCCCUUUAAUUUGUGCGUGUAAACAGGGAAACAACAGGAUAGUUAGCUAUCUUCUAAAAAGAAAUGCUGAUGUCAACCUCAGGAACAAGAAAGACCGCACAUGUCUGCAUUAUGCUGUGAGAAAACGGUUUACCUUCCUUGACUAUGUGCUCAUCAUAAUCCUCAUGCCAGUUAUGCUUAUUGGAUACCUUCUCAUGGUCUCAAAGACUAAACAGAAUGAAAACCUGAUCAAGAUGUUGCUUAGGGCUGGAGUGGAUGUUAAUGCUACAGAUUUUUCUGGUAGCACAGCACUUCACUAUGCUUGUGAAAUGAGAAACCAGGCAGUCGUUCCUCUACUGCUUGAAGCUCAUGCAGACACUUCCAUAAAGAAUCAGGCUGGGGAGACCCCCCUGGAUAUAGCAAGAAGAUUGCAGUUCCACAACAUUGAAAGCAUGCUGAGGAAAAAUUCGUAGUUGUGGAGGACACUUGAACAUGCAGAAAAUGACCUCAUCUGGCAAUCCAUCUUGCACAGCAGCAGGAAUCCUACUGAGUUGAGGGCUAUUACUUGAUAAAGACUUGGUCCAAAUCUACCCAUUCCUUGCUGCAGACUUUAACUAUUUUGUGUGAGACUUCAGUACCUCCAAAGCCACGUGGGCUGAAAUGGGUUCAUUUUAUUUUACUAAGCCAUGAACGGUUACAAUAGUGUUCAAACUAUUGCCCUUUCCACCUCUCCAAUUUUAUUACUUGAAUUGUGCAGACUGUGGAUUUUGGAAGCUAGCUAUAAUGUUUCUGGAAGCCUAAACAUUGCACAUGGUAGUUGGCAGCCAGUACAAAUAUCCUUUAGAGCGUGUGUUACUUGUUCUGUAGAGGAUACACUUGACAACUAAACAAUAUGCCAUAGCAACUAAUACAAAGCCUGCACCUUCCUCUUUGAAUUUCUAUUCCUACGAUGUAAGUUACAGGGAAAAUAGAUCUCUCAGCUUAGCACGUCCUCCUUCCAGCCCUGCCACAAGUUUCACACACUUUUAUUCUCACUAUGUGGCCAGAAGGGAAGGAUUAUCUUUUUUUUUUUUGUUUGUUUCUUUUUCUUUCACUGUAUCAGAAACAGCAAAAAGAUUGAUUGAGUUGUGGAGACCAUAAAGAAAGCCAAUUCCCAAGUCACUUCAAUGCAUUUAGACAUAAUAAUGAAAAUAUGUUUGGUGCAGAAGAGAAACAAGUCUUUUGACUACCUUUCCAAUAUUAACAGUAUGCUAAAGAAAACUAAUAAUCAAUAAAGGAAGUGUUGUUGAUGGGAACCAGAUGUGUCAUUCCAAGGGGACUGGACAGAGUAGCACACUUUUCAAAUUGCCGCAUGCAGUGCAGAAUGUAGAUAACAUCAUCAUCAUAAAUAAUAAUAAUAAUUUAUGAACUUUCUUUUGCAUAGAUAAGGGCAGAAGAAAACCUGCAGUGUUAACCGAUGUAUUAAUGUGGCCUGCUGCGUUGUGAUUUAAUAAUGCAGCAAUA